UGUGGCGAGUCGUGCUCGCCUGCUCGCUCGAACACCGUCCAUUUUGACAAGUAUAAUAACACGUGAAAAUGAAAUAAGUGAAAUUAAGUUAUAACUUAUUUAUUAUAUAAAUAUGUCGAUGUUAGCUGGACCUCGUCGGAAACAGAAAGUUAUAAAUCUUCGUGCCAAAAAUAAUGCAUGGAGCAAUGACACUAACAAGUUUGGUCAGAAAAUGUUAGAGAAAAUGGGUUGGAGUGCGGGUAAAGGGUUAGGUGCGAAAGAAAAUGGAAUAGUUGACCAUGUUGUGGCUAAAUAUAAAAACGAUGAACGAGGUUUGGGGUUUCAAGAUAAGAAUGACCAAUGGACGAAACAUGAGGAUGACUUUAAUGCGUUGCUUGCAAAUCUAUCGAAUGCUGAGAGUAAUGCCGAUACCUUGCAUAGCGGUGUUUCACUAGAAGAUAAGUCAAAGAAAAGUAAGGCUCGUAUUCACUAUCACAAGUUUACACGUGGUAAAGACAUGUCGCGGUACAGUGAAAAAGAUUUGGCUAAUAUAUUCGGUAAAAAAAGUUUGAAAGAGAAAGAAGAAGAACAACUUGUACAAGAUGAUGUUAAAACUAGUGAACAAGUAUUUACAGAAAAAGGUAAUAUGGAUGAUUAUUUUAAAAAUAAACUGGCCAGCUUAAAAUCAAAAAGCAAACUGCUCAACUCUAAAUAUCAACUCGAUAAUGAGGAGGUGGUAUCUGAUUAUAGUUUCAAAGGUUUUUCAAAUGAAACUGAAAUAGAUAAUGAAACUACAAAUAAUAGUUUUGCGACUCAAGGAUUUUCAUUUUACAAUAUGAAAAAGGAAGAUAUUAUUAAAACUACUUCACCAGAUACUGUGAUAGAUAAUGUAGAAUUAGUGAAAAAAAAGAAAAAGUCUAAGAAUAAAGAACAGAGUGAGAUAGUAGAAACUUGUAAUGAGACAGAAAUAGAAAUAAAUAACAAACAAUACGAUAAUUUGCAACAAAAUGAGAAAAAAGUAAAAAAGAAGAAAUAUCAAGAAAUAAAUGAAGAUUCAGUGGAAAGUGAGCAAAAGAAGAAGAAGAAAAAGAAAAAUAAACAGAAUGAGGAAAUACAGGAACACAUUACAACAUGUGAUGAAGAUAAAAUACCCAAAAAGAAAAAGAAAAGAAAAAAUCAAAACAAUGAGUAAAAAAUAUACAAAAAAACACGUGUUUUUUUUAUAACCUAAAUAUAUAAAUAAAUUUUAAUAAUUAAUAUUAUACAUUUCAAUUUUGUUUUUAAGCGGUUCGGAUAUAGUCUUCAUGUUGAAAUUAUCGAGCGAGUUUCCGAACGCUACGCAUUAGCGGCCAUCUUGUGUUGGUAUUGCGCAGUUGGUACCACGCCUUUACACAGUGACGUUUAGUUAUACGAAGUAAAACAAAAGUACUAAAGAUAUAUAGAUAAUAGUAAAUUGUAUUUUUUAUAAUUCAAAAUCAUUAAAACAAGUGGUAAAAAGUGAUGAAUUUUCAAUAAAGAUAGAGUUUUUAAUAUAACCUGAAAGUCAUCACGCUUACUUUAUUUAACGAAAACGAUUAAGUAUAUUUGAAUCAGUCCUGUAUUUGGCCCAACACUAUUUUAUUUUUGUUUAUUGUUCAAUUUUGAUUGUUACUGUCAAUGGUCAUUGAAAACAACAGCACGUGUUUCUAUAUCUAAGUGACAUUAUGAAAUAAAGUAUCUAAUCAUUUAAUUUUAAAACUAAAUAUAUGAAAUAAAGAAAUCACAAUAAACUAUUUGC